AUGGCUGCUUCAAACGAUUUGCCAGUCAUUGAGACUGCCCUUCCAGAUGCCAUUAUAUCCGAGAAGGUUGCCAAUGGAUCUAGCAAUGUAGCUAAGAAACUUCAUGGUCGUGCCUUUUAUGAAAGUAUCGGUAGUCCUAAAUUCAUACUCGCGCCAAUGGUCGAUCAAUCCGAGUUUGCUUGGCGCAUGCUCUCCCGUUCUUUCAUGUCCCCUGAAACCAACAAAUCCCUUCUGGCAUACUCACCUAUGUUUCAUGCGCGCAUGUUUUCCGAAACUCCAAAGUUCCGCGAUGCGCACUUCCAACCGAUGAAAAGCUCGCUGGUUUCUCAGCUGGGUUCGCCUUCGAAUGCUCCAAAGGAAGAGCUAUUUCUCGAUGGGAAUCCGGCUUUCGAUAGACCUCUUUUUGUACAAUUCUGCGCGAAUGACGAGAAAGAGUUACUUGAGGGGGCAAAAUAUGUAGCGCCGUUCUGUGAUGCUGUGGAUUUGAAUCUAGGAUGUCCGCAGGGAAUUGCGAGGAGAGGAAAAUAUGGCGCAUUCUUGCAGGAGGAUGAGGGAUUAAUUUUCAGGUUGAUCAAUACACUACAUAAGGAAUUGGAUGUGCCUGUUACGGCAAAAAUUAGGAUACUGGAUACGAGGGAAAAGACGCUGGAUUAUGCAAAGAUGGUGAUUAGUGCUGGAGCGAGUAUUUUGACAGUACAUGGAAGAACGAGGGAGAUGAAGGGUCAUAAAACUGGGCUGGCGGAUUGGGAUAUGUUGAGAUUCUUGAGGGAGAAUUUACCGAAGGAGGUGGUCCUUUUCGUGAAUGGAAAUAUUCUGGCCAGGGAAGAUAUUGAUGAAUGUUUAAAGGCGACAGGUGCGGAUGGUGUAAUGAGCGCGGAGGGAAAUUUGUACGAUCCAACGAUUUUUUCGGAUGCGCCAGCUCCAGGAGAGGAAGGAAGAGAGUUUUGGAGGAGUUUGGACGGUAAAAUGGGGGGUUGGAGAAUGGAUGCUGUGUUGAGGAGAUAUUUGGACAUAAUCUAUAAAUAUGUUUUGCAAAUAUCGCCACCGGAAAGAAAACCAUUGUUCAUAUCUUCGGACCCACCAGAAGAAAUGAAGGAAGAAGUAGAGAAAGAGGAAGAUGAAGAGGGCCCACCGAGAAAGAAACAAAAGAGUGAAAAGAAAGAAAGGACUACGAGUCCUAGUCUGGUGGCCAUGCAACCACAUUGUUUUAAACUUCUCAGACCAUUGGUUUCAAAACAUCAUGGGAUUAGAGAUGCAUUGGCUAAAAGUAGAGCGGGAGACAUAAAAGCUUUUGAAAAUGUUCUUCAAAUGACCGAGAAGGUUGUUAAAGAGGGAAUUCUAGAAUAUGAGAGAACUAAUGGGGAAAGUUAUAGAGAGGAGGUUGAGAGAGCGGAGAAGGAAAGAGAGGAGAAAAUGAAAGGGGGUGGAAGGGAAGCUAAUGGGAGAGGGGGCACAAAUGGUGAUGGAGAGGGGAAUGGGGAAGUGCAAUUUGAGGAAAGUAGCUUGGAAACGGUUAGGAGAUGUAAGAGGCCGUGGUGGGUGGUACAGCCGUAUGUGAGACCAUUGCCUAUGGAGGCGUUGGCGAAGGGGAGUUUGACUUUGAGUAGGAAGGAGAGGGGUGGGAAGGAGAAUGGGAAGGAGAAUGGGAAGGAGAAUGGGAAAGAGAAUGGGAAGGAGAAUGGGAAGGAGAAUAGGAAGGAGAAUGGGAAGGAGAAUAGGAAGGAGAAUGGGAAGGGAGAGGAGGAGAAGGGGGAGGAGAAGGCUGUUAAUGGGGUUGGAUCUGAGGAGGAAGGAAAGGUAGAAGUCUAG